CUGCUUAUAAUUUUUUAUAAUAGCAUUACAUGUUUGUACUUAACAUUUUUUUUUUCACGAAGCAGGUGAAGAGCAAGAAGUUGGUGAGUGUGAUCGGUUUGAAAACUCAGGUAACAAUUGAUGAUGCCCUAUCUAUUCUUAAGGUUUGGACAAGGUCUGAAUCAUCCGUGAGAGCCAGCUUAUCACAAAUGUCUAAGUUCUACACAUUCAUAUGGGAUGGAAUAUCUACUUCUGAUCUACGAGUCGUGAAUGAUCUGUGCGAUGGUCCUUUCAUAUUUGUCCCACACUUGUGUAGUUCUUGGUCCGAGGAUGUGUCUGGGGUAUUUUUAUCGAGUAAAGAAGUCUUUUGGCGUGAUCCUAUCGGUUUUACAGAGCAAAUGAAAACAGUCCGUUCUGAACAUGCUGCAGAUAUGGCUCAGCGCCCUGUUGUUAAUAUGUUAUGUAGUCUGUAUCCUAGCCUUCACGAUUUUUUUGUGAAUGUGUGUGGAGUGGUGGAGUUCCCGCCUUUUCGUGGUUACCUUCAGGUUUUGCUACAGUUGUCGGCUGUUGCUUUACCUUGCCAGGCGGCUAAGACUUUUUUUCAGGUGUUUGUAAAGUGGUCUGAAGAACUAAAAUCAGGCUUGCUUAGCUCAGAAGAUCUUGAACACCUGAAAGAUAAUCUUCGGCAGAAGGACUUUACUGUGCUCCCCACUGUACAGGAUAAAUGGGCAUCUCUAAAUCCAUCUUUUGGCACUAUUUGUUGGUGUGAUGAUGAUAUACUGAAGAAGGAAUUCAAGCAUCAUGAAAACAUUGACUUCUUGCACUUUGGGGAACUUAUCAGCGAGGAAAAGGAGUUGCUGCACUCAAAGGUGUCAAUUCUCAUGCAAAGGCUUGGCAUCCCCGCUCUUUCAGAGGUUGUAACUCGUGAAGCAAUAUACUAUGGUGUUUCUGAUUCUACUUUUGUGGCUUCUCUGAUCAACUGGGCUCUUCCGUAUGCUCAACGCUACAUACACAACAAUCAGCCCGAAAGAUUCUCUCAGCUCAAGCAAUCUGGAUUUGAAAGUCUGAAAAGUCUUAAAGUAAUUGUCGUAGAGAAGUUGUUCUACAGAAAUGUGAUCAAAGGAAACAUGAUGCCAUCCAAGAAAAGGUUCGAGUGCAACUCUCUUCUAAAGGACACCGUAUUGUAUGUUUCUCGAGAGUUCGAUUCACAUUCUGUAUUUAUGGAACUUUCUCGUCUUUUCAGUGGUGGAACCCCUGAUCUCCACUUAGCGAAUUUUCUUCACAUGAUCACAACCAUGGCAGAAUCAGGCACGACCGAAGAGCAGACUGAAUUCUUCAUUCUAAACAGUCAGAAAAUGUCAAAACUCCCAGAGGGAGAACUUGUCUGGUCCCUUUCGGAGAGUGCAUUUUCUAUGGUAAAUGAAGAGGCACCAAUGAUGAACUUCGAAUUGGAAACAACUGAGGAGCCAAAUCCCGUAAAAUUCAAGAGGAGACCAGGAAUUAAUUCUAAUUGGCCCCCUGUAGACUGGAAAACUGCACCUGGUUUUCCUUCCACCCACGUGUCUCCAUUUAAAACACCGGUGGGCAGUGGUGGGCAAGCACUGGCGGAGGAUGAGGUGGCAGAAAUCAUGAGGCAUCCCGAAAAGCACCCUCAUGCUCCAACUGAUAUUAACCUCGAAAGAGUCGUCGAAGAGGGCUCAAUAGCAGGUGCUGAAAUUUCAGAAGUCAAACCAUUAGACUUCCCCAAUACUAUGCCUGGUACUAGUAUGUGUUUGGAUUCUCUCCCUGUUGUUACUACAUCAGAAGGUCCGGCUUCAGUUCCAAAUUUUAGUGAUAGAGGUCAACUAUCGCUUAGCACAUCAGAUAGACAACAGGCACUCUUAACGGGCAGGCUAGGGGAAUACGUUGCUUUUAAGUAUUUCAUUGGUAAAGUUGGCGAAACAUUUGUGAAAUGGGUGAACGAAACUUUUGAGACUGGGCUGCCUUAUGACCUUAUAGUGGAAGAUAAAGAGUACAUAGAAGUAAAGGCAACCAAACACCUGAGAAAGGAUUGGUUCAACAUAUCCACUAGGGAAUGGCAAUUUGCAGUUGAAAAGGGUGAAUUUUACAGCAUUGCACAUGUUGUAUUAUCAGUUAACAAUACAGCAACUGUCACAAUAUACAAAAAUCCUGCCAGACUCGUCCAACUCGGUAAGCUCCAGUUGGCCAUUACAAUCCAAUAAACUAUUUUUUCUUGGAUACGUCUCAUAACAAAAACGUCGGUGAACUAGUUGGUAUACAUGCGAAAGACAUACAUCUGUUAGAUUUUUUAUUCACGACCGGGGAAAAAUCAUUUUGGACGGGCGUGACAUUAUUUCGAGUGUAGGAGCAUGCAGGAACUGGGUACAUAAUGUUGUAUAAAAGUGACAAUGAUAGGGUUUGGUUUUUCUGUCCAAAAAGAUUCUGUUCACCAUGUUAACCAAAACACAUUUUGCUUUUCCCUUUUGUUUCCCAAGUAUUUCAAAGAACGCACCGUUGUGUAUCUGUA